GUGGGGCAAAUCAAUAAAACCGUGAGAGCGCUGCGCAAAAGAGAAAACCCAAGCAAUCGACCAACGCAUAGGAGAAGAAAAAAAAAAAAGCACCGCCAGUCAGCCAAAGCCAUAUUCAGAAUAUUCAGAAACAGAAAACACUUCACACUCGCACCACAUUCCAAGUAUGAGUUAAACCACAGUAUGAAGAUGAGGCUUCAGGACCUGCUGCUAGCAAUCGCUUUUCUGCCGCUUGCCAUCGCCUGCUCGUCGCGAGCCAUCGCUAAGCCGCGUCCCACAGCUGCACCGAUCCUGCCGCCGGACAAUGUUGAGGUGUCGUCCACAACGCCCCGACCGAAUGUCACCUUUCCGAUCUACGCCUGUCCGCCGACAUAUGCCGCCUGGUAUUGCAUGAACGAUGCCACCUGUUUCACGGUGGAGAUACAGAAUGAGAUUCUGUACAAUUGCGAGUGCCCGUUGGGGUUUACGGGUCAACGAUGCGAAUAUAAGGAAAUCGAUGGGUCCUAUCUGCCCACCAGGAAUCGGGUGAUGCUGGAGAAGGCCAGCAUCGUUAGUGGAGCCACACUAGCGUUGCUCUUCAUGGCCAUGUGCUGCGUCAUUUUGUAUUUGCGUCACGAGAAAUUGCAAAAGCAGAAGCUGCAAGAUAGCACCAUCACCAGAACCACCACCACCGUAGAUGGAGGAUUCCAGAACGAUGGCAUGGACGAGGUGGACGGUCUGAAGCCGCUGCGUUCAGUGAGACGGCCGUUCGGUCCAUGCCAGAUUAUGACCUUGGAGGAGGCCCAUCGACAAGCCAAUCGCCCCAGGCACUGCAACUAACCAAUAAGCCUGUCAGCUGUUUGUUUUUUAAUGUCUAACAUGUCCAACUGUUUAUUUUAACUAUUUUUGAACGAUUGCUUUAGUCUUAAGUGCUCACUUAUGAGCCUCUAAAACCGAACUUUAGACCAAGUAUUAACGAACGAAAACUGAUUGCUCCCCAACGAGACGGGGAGACAAAAAAUAAUUUAGAUGUAAUGCAAUGCAAUUUCGGCAGCUAGCCGCCCCAUUUAUUUAUUAUACACUCCUAACUUUAUUAAAACGAUACGUGACCUAUUACGUUAAUAAAACCGACCACUAAACUAAUUAAACAGA